AUGGCUAAAUUUGCUUGCGCAUUUCUUUUCAUGCUUUUAGCAGCUUGUGUGAUCCAAGAUGUCUACGCCGGCGGAGAAGGAUCUCUUAAACCCGAAGAAUGCGCGGCUGCAUGUGAUGUUCGAUGUUCAGCAACACAGUACCACAAGGCAUGUAUAACCUAUUGUAACUACUGUUGUACAAGAUGUUUGUGUGUUCCAUCAGGAACAUAUGGUCACAAGGAAGAAUGUCCUUGCUAUAAUAACAUGAAAACUAAAGAAGGAGGACCCAAAUGUCCCUAA